GCGUCCUGUCAGCUGACUGCGCUGCGCUGCGUCGCGACGCCGUGCCUCAAGUUCGAGCGUCGAGACGCUACGACGCGGAGGUCUGUCUUCCGCGACCGCGGCUCCCGUUUCAGUGCAUUUCAGCCUCGGUUUCAGCCACGAUUUCACCCGAUUUUCUCCACUCCUUUCCCCACGGCCCAUCCGCAACCGGCUUUCCUUUAUUUUUGUGCGGGUCGUUUUUCGUUUCGUAAAGGACUUUUUUUUUCAUUUAUUUUGUGGUUCUCUUUUUGUUGUGUCGUAUUUUUUUUUUACGAAUUUCGGUAAGAUUUUAUUGUGUUAAAUACCGACCGGUGUCGGUCGUAACGUGGUUGUCGUAUUGUGUUGUGUCGAGACGUAUCUUAUGGAUCUCCUGGAUACCCAAGUGUUUUUCGACUGAUAACGUGAUUAUUUUCACAGCCAGAGCUCAGGAUGUUAAUGCUUAGGUUCAUACUGAUCUCCCGUUAAAUAGACUUUGGCUCCGUCCCAUAUAAUACGCUUUCGGUGGAGUGUAAACUGCAUUCAAGAACCCCACUGUGCUAAUCAUCGGUGCAUACAUUGCGGAAUUGUGUUAUUUUCUCGGUUUCGAGUUAACGGAGGAAGGACUUUCAUUUAGUACUUUUCGUUGUCGAAUAUUUUUUCGAACACUUUUUUGCUUUUUAAAUCUUAAGUUGGAGAGACACGUUUGUUUUUUACACAAUUCAACUUUGUGUUCAUUUUUUUUCUUGAAAUAAUCCAACGAUGACAUGAACAAUGAUGGGGGAGGUGACGCACUGAGAAAGGCCGCUAAUUUGGGCUCGGUUGACUUAGACCUGUCCGAGGUUGACGAUGUCAGUGCUAUCUACGACUACUUUAACAGUGUUCUGAAAGAGAAGCCCAAAUCUCUUGACAUCGGGUCCGUCUCAUUCGAUGAAACGACCCCUGAUUCGAGCACCGCGACUGCGCUACACGGAAAAGGCAGCGUUUCUGAUUGUUUUUACCACAUUCACAAGCAUGGAUCCCAGCUGGGGGUCCGGCUCUUGCUGCCCGCACUCAACAGAGUCCUAUGCAGCGAUCGCGUAAGCCAAAUGACCAAAACUUAUAAUGACGUCGAGGCAGUCACAAGGCUUCUGGAAGAAAAAGAAAAGGACAUAGAAUUAACAGCUCGUAUUGGAAAGGAGCUUCUUGCACAUAAUCAGAAAUUAGAGAGCACUGUUGCCGCUCUAGAAGUAGAAAUCAAAGCUGCUAAUGAAAAAAUCACUCAGUUGACGUAUGAUCUGCACCGAAAAACAGAACUCAUCAAUGUCCUCACGAAUGAUGACUCUUGUUCAGAAGCAAGCACACCAACCGGUGGUGUUAGUCUGGAGUUUAUGCAGAGGCGAAUCGGCCUCUUGGAAAAUGAAAACAAAAUAUUGCGGGAUGAAACAUCACAACUUGCAUCGCAAACUGAUGAGAUCGAGGCCCAGGAAGCAAAAUUAUAUGCUGAGUUAUCAGAGCAAUUAACCGCUGCCAGAGUAGAUGUCAGUUGUUUAACGGAAGAGGCGGACCGAUGCAGAGAGGAGGCAAGAACGGCACAAAACUUAGCCAGUACAUUACAAGAGAAACUCACUGUUUUAGAGCAAAAGUACAAUGAUCUGACCAUGUCGAAUGAGGAUCUAAGCAAUAUCCUUGGUUUUGCAAAACAAACCCAGGAAGAAUUAACUACAGAAUUAGCAGAAUUAAAAGAGAGGUAUGCCGAGGUGCUCGGUUUCUUACACGACACUCAAGAAGCCCUCAAACAACUGCAGAAAAAGAAUCAGCCAACGGCCAAAGGUGGAUUGCUUUACGCUUCGCUUCAGCCUCAAACUUACCAAUCGGACUCAUUGGCCAUGGAGUUGGAAAGCUCACUUUUUUCGGAGCUCAGUUUGGAUUCCGGAAUCAGUACUGAGCGUGGACUACCUCAUUAUAAGAAAGUGUUCGACACUGUCAGAUGUGCCUCACGAGGAAGUACUAUUUCCAGCGGUCGAAGUUCCGAUUGCAGCCCAUAUCCUGAUCCAUUGAUGAAGCCCAGUCUAUACAAACCUAUGUCUAGUGACCUCCUAAUGACAUCGUCGUCGCAGCCUCGUAUGAGCUCCCACUUCUCCAACUCCGGCUCAAGAUCUCAUCGUCUCUCAUCAAUAACAUUAGAUUCCGCAGGCUUGACUGAUUCCGAUUCCAGCAUUGAUGACUUCUACAACUACCCGUCAUCUGCGGCUGGCGUUCCUGGGAUUCCUGGCUCUGAAGAUUUGGCCGCUGCACUUAAUAAACUUACACCCGGUGAAGUCGCGGCACGACGCCGACAACUAAGCAGCGGUGUUUUCAGUUCGCAUGUCUUCGAACCAUCAGAAACCCCACGAACUCCUGACUCGAUCAUGUCCACGGGGAGCAGUGGCGCUUUCCCCUUCGGUUUCGGCAUGAGUAUGAGCACUCCUUGGCGUCUUCCUGAAAAAUUGCAGAUUGUGAAGCCCAUGGAGGGAUCUCAAACUCUGCAACAGUGGAGUCAGUUAGCAACACCUUCAAUGGGGGGCUUACUCGAUGAGAAGCCAGGAAUCAAAAUCCGCGGUGGUAAAGACCUAGAAGCACUUGGUCUUCACGUAUUCACAUUGGACGAUGUUGAAGAGGAUGAUGAAGUGAUACACCCUGGAAAGAGCUUCCAAAAUUCCGGCACAAUUUAUACUUACACCAACAGUACCGUUAUGCAUCCUGAUGAUAAUACCAGUGUCUCGGCCAGCAUCGCAGGAAGUAGGAUGUCGACGGCAGCCAAUAGUCGAGCGAGUAGUGUAGCGCCUACUCCUUUGUCUCGUUCGCGACGCAACUCGUGUUCGACAUUCUCAACUGGCCUGGGUCUUGCCAAGUUACUAAAUGAGCGAGGCAUUCAAGCUGCGACUCCUUCAACCUUCGUUACUCCACGUUUCUCUCCAACAGCGACCCCUUGCAACAGCCCCACGAGGUCUCGCAGCCCCUCUCCCACUUUUAGUCCGUUUACUUUACCAAGUUACUUAAUGUCCAGUGGUGCUAAACUUCUGAGACGAACUUUAACCGGGUCAUCAUCUCACAGAUCGCGAAGUACAAGUCGCCAUCGUGAUUCUACACCUGACAAAAAACCCCUAGGAGAAAUUAAACUUGUAGAAACGAUUGAGCGAAUUGGUGUUAAUACCCUAAUGUCAACAACAGCAUCGGACACGAAUAUCUCAGAUAUCUGCUCGCAGCUGAGCAAGCCAUCAACAAUCGACGCCACAAGCUCGUGCCUUGGGAUUCCUGGAAAACCAGGAAGCGGAAUCUUGGAAUCCAGGCUCAAAAGUUUGCCGAACAAUGCGAGAAGGCGCCCGACAUCCGGGAAGCAACGCCAAGACCUGGGCGUGGUUUUAGGGUCUGUCUCUAGUCUGCAGAAGAACGAUGCUGCAAACCCACCAACAACGGCAGCUCAAAGCACCUCCUCGCCCGCCCUUGGAACGCUCAACAAGGUCUUGUUCGGGAGGAAGGGCGGUCUCCUGUAGAGAGAGGAGUUGUAGAAAUCGCCUAGACUUUCUUAUUUUUGUUUCCAUGUUUUUAGGGCAUUUGUUUUGUCGAAGGGGUGUCCAACUAUCAGAAAAACAAAAUGUCAGACCUACCUAUUACAAAUUUUGCGUGUUCGGGAUGAAAUUAUGACUGAAAUUAUGAGAUUAUCCCAUGAGUGUUUUUUUUAGCAACAGGCGAGGUAGACUGAUUAGUGAUUAAUUUUCUUAACCGCAAAAUUUGUUUUUUUUUCCGAUCGCCUAAGAAAAUUUUCGUCUCUUGGUUGUAAAUUUUUGUUCUAACCGGAAAAUUUCUUUUUUCAUGCCAUAAUUUACAGUUGGUAACAUUUUUUCGCGCUUACCACAUUCAUUAAUUUCUCGCUCUUUUUUCCCCCAAAUAUAUCCUAAAUACCUGGAAUAUUUUUAUUUAUUGAUCAAUCACAUGUGGCAAUACCGUGUAACCUCUCUUGUACGUUUCAAGUUUAUCAUUUUUGUGUUUUAAAACUCAGAAAAAGUCAGUUUCAAAAUAUUUACAUCAAAUUUAUGUCAAGUUUCAGUCAAAUUGUGUAAAAUUAAGUGUUCUUUAGCGGAAAAUUUUGAAGGAUAAAUCCUGUACAAUCUCUAGUAAAGUAAAAAAAAAUUGAAGGAAAAACAUUUCACAGAUUCUUUGAAAAAUAAUUAAUUUGUAGAAAUAUUAACAAUUAUCAUUGAAAGUUUCAAGUUUGUGUCAGAACGACCGCUGUAAUGAAUUUUAGUACACUUUCCUGAUGAUCAGUCAGUUAAAAUUUGCCCCUCUCUUGGACGCCCCUUCCACAGCUACUAUAGUUAUUUAAUUUGUGAUAAUUUUGAUUAGAUCAAAAUAUUUUUAUUACUUGUUCUUAUUGAACAGCGUGCGGUAAAGAAAAAAUAAUAGAAAAUGAGAUGAAGAGAAGACAAAGUAAAUAGACUUGUUUAUAUAUUUUUUACUAAAAUAGAAUUCCCAGCAUUACAUUAGUUGAGCAAAAUAUAUUGUUAGCAUAAUUGUCUAAAGUUCCAUCAGUUUUUAAUUUUUUGUGAUUUUUCUGUUUUCUAUUGUUACAUUAUUAGAAGCCCUGUACCAAGGUUCUAUUAAUACUUAUCCUAUUUCAGACCUGUAGUUCUGUAACUGUUAAUGAUUCCUAACCAUCAGAAGAAGUAUCAGUUACCUAUCACAAAGGCUUAGAUUGCUCUGACUUCAACAUUUUAAGAGUUGAUUCCUUCAAUUGGAAGGGCUCCUCGCUUCCAUCCUCUAUAUCCAGAAGGCGCUUUUUCAUCAUAGUGAAUCAUGAAAGUAUUUCAGAAGAACAAAAGAAGCCAAGUAUUUAUCUUAAUUUUCCUCCAAGUGUAUUUCCCAAGCUGAAAGGUGAGUUUUUACUUAGAAUGGCAAAUAGUGGAGCUCAUUAUGCGAUAAUCUCUGGAAGAAUCGAACCGAUAUUUUUCUCAAGGGCCUGAGCGCCAAAAUUCAAGUUUCGGGAAAAACGCAUAAUAAUUUGCCGUUCGGUGUACGUUUAAUCUUUCCAGCUCAGUUUCAAUAGGUAUUUUUUAGACACAAACAUUUUUUGGGCUCGAAAAACUGAGUGUACAUCUAAUGUCACAGUUUUCUCCUUUUUUCUUGAAACAUGCAUUUUUGCGCUUGGGUUGGUAAGAAAAUUAUUGGCUCAGUUUUGCAACAUGAAUCGUCUCGAACUUGGUUGCCGCAUCGGCAAACCAGUACAACAGUGCCAUUUUACUUCUGAAACAUUUUUCUCUAGACAUGCCUUCGGAUGGAAGUUUCCUAGUUCCACCUAAAGUUUUUAUCCAAAGAAAUUCAAGAAAUGUUGAAAUAGUAGCUAAUUAAGUCUUUUUAUUGUAUUCCUUGUAAUUCUACAGUUUAAAAAUUCAAGCUAAUUAUAUCAUCUUAAUUGUUAAGUUAGUCUCUGAAGACAUGAUUUGUGGCAUUAAUGGAGAUCAAGGAACAAAAUUCCCUGAGUACUAGUUAAGUAAAAUUUUAGUAAUGCUAUAUCUUAUUGUCGUAAAACCGUAGGCUUUUGUUUUUUUGCGAUGACAGGAUGAACCUGAAGUAUUUAAAGUACCCAACCAAAUGAUUUUUUAUUCUUAAUUAACCGAAUAACCUCAAUGAUUUAGUUUUUGAAAUCAACACCCAAGUCAUGAAUGGCAUUUUUAGCUUCAUAACUUCCUUUGGAAAGUGCUGUUUUCACUUGCUGCCGUGGCAACUGAGGAUUUAUCCGCUCAGCUCUAGAUUCCGCUAAUGCAGCGGCUAAGUUUCGCUUUCCUCUCGCUUUUUCCGAUCCUCUCUGUUAACUUGAAAUUAGCCAUGCAAUAAUAAUUUUUUCAUAGUCCGGGAAUUCGUGCUUUUCUGUUACUUUACGAUGCUGCAAUCAAAGAUUAAAUUUUGUGUUUGUUUGAUGAUUCGGUUCGUCAGCUUUUAAAGGGACAAAUUUUUGGCCAUGGUAAUCAUCAGUUCCGAUUGUUGGC